AUGCACAAGUUGGUUAAACCACUCUGCCUUUCACCUGUCAAGAUGAAGAUCUGUGGCCAGAACAACAGCGAGCCUUACACUACAGAGAGCCCCACCCCAGAUCCCUGGGGCCAUCCAAUAGAACGAUAUCACCAAAGUGAAAGGAGGAGCUUGCUAAGAUUCCUCAGAGGCAACUGGCCAAUGCAGUCAUAUGGGAGACAGGAGAGUACAAAUAUACCUUUCGAUAUUUCCACACAGGAUUUUGGGAAUCUUGUGAAAGACAUAUUGGUGCUACUUUACAGGAGAAGAUGUCGCAGGUUUAUGGAUCUUACCCCUGGAGAGACUCAUGGCGUUCUAUGGCUGUCAAUGAUUGCUGAGUUCAUGUACAUCAGUUUGUCAGGGAUGGGUUUUCUACUACUGUGGGUGGAGGUGAUGUGUUUUCGUAAAGAAAUGCAUACGCUCAAAAUCAACGCCUUCACAGCCAUAUGCACUGUGCUCUCAGGGCUAUUGGGAAUGGUGGCUCAUAUGAUGUACACCACUGUAUUUCAGCUGACUGUAAUUGUGGGGCCCAAAGACUAGAGACCUCAGACGUGGGACUAUGGCUGUUCAUUUGCAGACUACAGAACUGAGAGUAUGAGAG